CGUGGGAAGAUAACAGCAACAGCAACGCAAUUACAGCCCGUUUCUGCAAUAAUAUGGGUGCUGUUUGGUGACAUCUUUUUUUUCCCGAGUGGGUGUUUGUCGUAGUAUCUGGCAACCCCGGACACCCGCAGCCGUUGGUCCUUGCGUCGGUUCCUCUCUCCGCUGAAGCUCCGCAGAAGGUCUUUCUGUGUAGCCGGCUAGCAUCAUGUCGAACGUUGUGGACACGAAGCUAUACGACAUCCUCGGAGUUUCACCGUCUGCCUCUGAAAAUGAACUGAAGAAGGCCUACCGCAAACUGGCCAAAGAGUACCAUCCUGACAAGAACCCUGAUGCUGGAGACAAGUUUAAAGAGAUCAGUUUUGCAUAUGAGGUGCUGACAAACCCGGAAAAGAAGGAGCUUUAUGAUCGUUAUGGAGAACAGGGCCUACGAGAGGGAGGAGGCGGUGGGCCUGGCAUGGACGAUAUCUUCUCUCACAUUUUUGGCGGAGGACUGUUUGGCUUCAUGGGGGGGCAGGGCAGAGGACGCAAUGGAGGCAGGAGAAGAGGAGAAGAUAUGGUACAUCCUCUGAAAGUUUCUCUUGAAGAUGUCUACAAUGGCAAAACCACCAAACUGCAGCUUAGUAAGAAUGUGCUGUGUGCUGCCUGUAAUGGUCAAGGGGGUAAGGCAGGAGCAGUCCAGAAGUGUGUGGCAUGCAGAGGACGAGGUAUGAGAAUCAUGAUUAGACAGCUGGCGCCUGGGAUGGUUCAACAGAUGCAGUCAGUCUGCACAGAUUGCAAUGGAGAAGGUGAGGUGAUAAAUGAGAAGGACCGCUGCAGAAAAUGUGAGGGUCACAAGGUGUGCAAGGAGACUAAGCUUCUUGAGGUGCAUGUGGACAAAGGCAUGAGACACGGACAGAAGAUCACAUUCUCUGGGGAAGCUGACCAAGCACCAGGGGUCGAACCAGGAGACAUAGUCCUGGUGCUGCAAGAGAAAGAACAUGAGGAAUUCCGCCGUGAUGGCAGUGACCUUCACAUGGUCCAACGUAUCGGUCUGGUUGAGGCUCUGUGUGGCUUCCAGAUGACCGUUGCCCACCUUGAUGGACGUCAGCUGCUUGUCAAAUAUCCACCUGGCAAGGUCAUUGAGCCAGGUUCUAUUCGAAUGGUGAAGGGAGAAGGAAUGCCUCAGUACAGAAACCCAUUUGAGAAGGGAGACCUUUACAUCAAGUUUGACGUCCAAUUCCCUGAAAACAACUGGAUUAGCCCAGAGAAACUGAAUGAACUCGAGUGCUUACUGCCUGCUCGUGCGGAGAAUCCUGUUAUUGCAGCAGAUGCGGAGGAAGUUGAUCUUACUGAAUUUGACAAGAGUCAAGGGUCAGGUGGAGCCAGGAGAGAGGCCUACAAUGAUAGUUCUGAUGAGGAAGGGGGGCAUCAUGGCCCGGGGGUGCAGUGUGCACACCAAUAGAAAGACUCAUGCAUUAAAACAUGCACAUUACAGACGCAUUUCUUGAGUCCCAAUGCGAACAUCUUUCAACACUUCCCACACAUACAUGUUGAUUUCUCUCCUUUCAUGAUUUGCAUGAAAAGAGGUAUACACAAAUACAGAUACACUAUAUCAACCCUCCUCAGUUCCAUUGUGCCCAUAAGUCAGAGAUAUGCUGGACGUCUGAUGACUAUUUCGUGUUUAUGGACAGUAGUGCUCAUCAGUCUCCAGCAAGAAGGUUCACUGAAUGAACUUGAUUGGAUCGCUCUCUUUUCAUCCUCCUGCUUUUACCUUUCACUGUGCGAAACACCAGUCUAUUGUAUAAAAUGCAAAUAUUGUUGACUUUCUUGUAUACAGUGUAGUUUAGUCUGUCACACACAUACACACACACGCGCGCAUGCUGCUUUCUUGCCGAAUGAUCUUCCACAUGUAGAUCAAGGGUCCGGAUAGGACACUACAGAGAAACCUGACAUCACACCUGUUUGAGUUUCAGCGCGUCACUACUAUCGCAGGGCCUUGGUAUAAAGAGGGCUAAUUUAAUUACAGCCCUAAAAGUGCGUCCUUUUGAAAAUGCAACUGUUUCAGACAGUUGAGUCCCCAGCUGUCACAUUGCUGAAAUGUAAUCGCCCCAGACUAAAACACCCGUCAGCCAGGCACCAUGUUUUCUUAGUUUGAUCUUGUUUGUUUCAACGAUCGUUUGUUUGAGAGUUGCAAAUUGCUCAUUUGACUUGAGGACACACUUGUAUACUUUGUUUGUAAUGCAGCUGCUCUCCGUGUGAGCUGCUGUGGAAUGUUCUGGCUUAUUAGAGUGAUAGAUAUUCCUGCUUUGUGUUGGACUGCAGUGUUCGUGGAAUCUGAAUAGUGGCAAUUGAAGAGGGGGGGAAAAAAAACAGAAUGUUUAUUUGCUGAGAAUUCUUCCCAUGUAGAUAUUUUCCCUCUACUGGGCCCGCAGCAAACCUCUGUAUUAUACGUAUCUUCCCACCGUAGACUUGUUAGCCAAACUUAGAUCCUUUGCCAUGUUACAAUAUUCCCAUAGAUCUGUAAAUAAAUAAAGCCCCUGUCCAUAGGUGCAUUUAAAGUCUACAGCGGUCUCCUUGUGACGAGACCUCUUUAAACUCUUAACGUGCACUGUUGCGACUUAAUGUGUAUUUAAUUAUAGCCACUUAAUUAAAUACAAUGUGUACACAACUAAAGGGGGUCAUUGUUAAAUGACGUUAAUGUUGAUGCUUACGUUUGUCAAGAUAACUGUAUAAUAAACAGUCAAUUAAAA